AUGCCCCAGCCUCCGGGACCAGGAGGAGGCAUACCACCAAAGCCACCACCAUAUGCCCCUCCAGGAAAACCUGGAGGAGGCAUUCCAAACGGAGGAGGACCACCAAAUAAUGUGCACUGGAUCCUCAUGAAUGAACAAUUUUCUGAAAAUAAGGUUCAAUCAACUUUCGUAGUACGGGAUGAUCCGGGCAUCCAGAAGGCUUUGCGUCUAGCGGAACUAGAAGGAAACGGGGUUCCUCGUUCACUGUUCCACGUGGUGUUGUUGGAGUAGGGUGUUCUAGUACCGUUCUUUUUCGUUUUACCGUCUUUUCGGAUUUCGAUAAUGAGUUCAAGUACAUGUUACAAGUGUUCUCGCACGGGGCAUUUUGCCCGAGAAUGUCCGGAAAACGGUAUGUUUGGCCGUGGUGGUGGCGGUGGCGGCCGCGGGGACAGUAAAUGUUACAAGUGCAAUGAAUACGGCCACUUCGCCCGCGACUGCAGGCAAGAGCAGGAUCGGUGCUACCGUUGCAACGAGCUGGGGCACAUCUCCAGGGAUUGCAGGCAGAGCUCCGAUGGACCUUCCUGCUACAACUGCAACAAGACUGGCCAUAUUGCUCGGGAAUGCCCCGAGUCGUUUGGCGACUUCGGCCGCAACGCGCCGUGCUACAACUGCAAGAAGACGGGCCAUAUUGCCCGUAACUGCCCGGAGGGAGGAGCCAGCAAGAGCUGCUACACUUGCGGCAAGACUGGUCACAUAAGCCGUGACUGUGACCAAAAUUCCCGUAACUAAGCUAUGAUGGACUGGGGAAAGUGCUAUUUUUUCUAGAUGGGAUCACUUGUGUAAAAUCUGAGUUUUUGAAGUAUCUGUUGAUUGUAACCCAGACAUAACCACUUACUAAUUGCAUCAGCAUGAAUGUUGUUAUUCAGGAAAGUAAAGCUCUGUGCUAUGUAUGAUAACCAUGUGCCUUAUUUAUAAUAACCUGGUCUUAUCACAUCCUUUUCCAUAGUCACAUGAGAACCAAGUAAAUUUUUGUACUUUUAUAUCAAAGUGUUUGAUUGUAUCAAAGUUUUGUCAUAGGUUGACUAAUUAGUAGGCUUAGAAUUGUUUGAAAGUGCCUUAAUCUGUGACAUUACUUGCAAUCUGUUUCGCUGUUGUAAUGUAUUCGUGCUAGUUUGUACUGAAAAUUAAGACUGCAUAUCACCUCAGGGAAUCUUGUUUGCUCAAAACUCGAAAUUUGAAAAUGAAAAUUUGUUUUUGUAUUGUAAUAUAUUGUUUUUUAUAAAUUUACAAUAAACUUUCUUUCCUAAA